CGCUUCGCCUCCUCUUCUCUAAUAGUUGGAAAUAAUUUACAGUUAUCUGUAACGUCAAUAUGUCAUAAGAUAUUAUUUGUCAAAAGUAUUGAAACCUUUUAUGAGAUUUUUACUCUUAUUUACACUUCUUUUUAUACCUUUAUCAGGGCAACUAGGUGAAUUUUUAACCGAUGAAGAAAGAAACCUUAGAUGUUGUGCCCAAAAGGCACCAUGUUGCAAAGUAUACCCAACGGAUUUCGAAAUUAAAGCUCUUUUAGUAAAAUGCCACAAGCCGGAUAAAAGCACUGAAAAGAAAAAAAUGCCGAUGACCGUAGUGAGAACGGUACGAGCUGCUAAUCAAGAAGAGGGUUGUAUGAAAAAACGAAUGGAACAGAUAAUAGGGAUCACAAAUUGUAAAAGGAAACUUAAACUUACAGUUAAAAUCAAGAAUAAUGGUAUCACUAAUUGUAAGAGUCAAUAUUUGCUGAUCGAUCAUGUAUUUGAUAGCGUCACACAACAAAAACAAAAACUUUUUAAUCCAUAUGUCCUGAAAAUAGUACAACAACCUGUGUUAGCAGUGUAUGGAUUGUUCUAUGAUGGAAUAGUUAAUGCACAGGCAAAGGAAAUGGUAGUAAAUAAGGAUCAAGCCGGCUACACAGGCUGUAAUCCAGACAGUAACAGCAAUCCAGUAUGCGGAUCAGUAAGUUAUAGAAGUGAUACUAUACCUUAUAGCAAUGGGUUCUGUUGCUCUUGCAAUAGAAACAGAGAACAAAACAAUUUUUUUAAUAUAUCUGAAGUACCUUAUACUUAUAAAUUUCCACAAAUAUCUCACAAUGAUUGGCAAAACUCAAACGAUUUGUACAAAAACGAAUUUGAUGAAAAUGAUUACCCACACCAGAUGCGAAAGCUGACAAAAAAUAUAAAAAAAGAUAGAUAAUGGGCAUACCCACGGUUCGUUGACAAUACGGUGGCCUCGUUCGGAUGCUAUGGACGGGGGUGUGACGUCACAGGAUGAAAAAUCGAUUUGAAAAAAAUAUUCUGCUGCAGUUCGUACUUCGUAGUUUUUUAAAAAAUCUUAUAUGUUAUUAAUAUUUAGUGAUGUUUAUAUUUUUAUUUUUGGACUACUUUCCAGUGAGAGUUUUUAUAAUAUCGGUGGUUUGGUUUUUUAAGAGAUAAGCUACAAAACAACAAG